CGUCAUUACGCAGGGCCGAGGCGGCGCGGCCACGUCCUUUAAAUAAGGCCUUCCGAGGGCGCGCGCGACAGUGUGAGGAGUGGGGUGGAGCGUGUGUGGAGUGGGGGCCGCGGCCCGGGUCAGAGCCGCCGCGGACCACGAGUGAGUGUCCUGAAAGUUAUGUUACCGGAGUAAGUUAAAUGGAAAAGGAUUCCUACAUCAGCAUUGCUGUUCUGCUACAAAGAACCUUGGGGAUAUUCAUCUGUGUGCUGUAUUCUGUUUUAGGUGUCCCUGUCAGUUGAGGUUGAGUGUAGAUUCUGGAGAAAUUUUGCCUCCGCUGGAGUCUGCACUGCGAGGCAGCAGAAUUGUGAGCUAGAGUGAAGCAGAAAUCUAGGAAUAUGACCUCCAUGAUGGCCAUGGGUGAACCAAGGCUGAACUGGGAUGUUUCCUCAAAAAAUGGCCUUAAGACAUUUUUCUCUCGAGAAAAUUAUAAAGACCAUUCCAUGGCUCCAAGUUUAAAAGAACUAUGUGUUUUAUCUAACAGACGUAUAGGAGAAAAUUUGAAUGCAUCAGCAAGUUCUGUAGAAAAUGAGCCGGCAGUUAGUUCAGCAGCUCAAGCAAAGGAAAAAGUUAAAACCACAGUUGGAAUGGUUCUUCUUCCAAAACCAAGAGUUCCUUAUCCUCGUUUCUCUCGUUUCUCACAGAGAGAGCAGAGGAGUUAUGUGGACUUGUUGGUUAAAUACGCAAAAAUUCCUGCAAAUUCCAAAGCUGUUGGAAUAAAUAAAAAUGACUACUUGCAGUACUUGGAUAUGAAAAAACAUGUGAAUGAAGAAGUUACUGAAUUCCUAAAGUUUUUGCAGAAUUCUGCAAAGAAAUGUGCACAGGAUUAUAACAUGCUUUCUGAUGAUGCUCGUCUCUUCACGGAGCAAAUUUUAAGAACUUGUAUUGAACAAGUGAAAAAGUAUCCAGAGUUCUAUACUCUUCAUGAAGUCACGAGCUUAAUGGGAUUCUUCCCAUUCAGAAUAGAGAUGGGAUUAAAGUUAGAAAAAACUCUUCUCGCAUUGGGCAGUGUAAAAUAUGUGAAAACUGUAUUUCCCUCAAUGCCUGUGAAGUUGCAGCUCUCAAAAGAUAACAUAUCUACCACUGAGACACCAGAAAAAACAGCUGCAGCUAUGCAUUAUGAUAUUAGUAAAGAUCCAAAUGCAGAGAAGCUUGUUUCAAGAUAUCACCCUCAGAUAGCUCUAACCAGUCAAUCAUUGUUUACAUUAUUAAAUAAUCAUGGACCAAACUACAAGGAACAGUGGGAAAUUCCUGUGUGUAUUCAAGUAAUACCCAUUGCAGGUUCAAAACCAGUUAAAGUAAUUUAUAUUAAUUCACCACUUCCCCAAAAGAAAAUGACAAUGAGAGAGAGAAAUCAAAUCUUCCAUGAAGUUCCAUUAAAAUUCAUGAUGUCCAAAAACACAUCCGUUCCAGUCUCUGCAGUAUUUAUGGACAAACCAGAAGAUUAUAUGUCUGAAAUGGAAAUGUCUUAUGAAGUUAAUGAGUGCCGAAAAAUUGAGACCCUUGAAAAUUUGGACCUGGAUUUUGAUGGUGACGUCACAGAACUUGAAACUUUUGGAGUAAACACCACCAAACCAUCGAAGUCACCGAGUCCUGCAAGCACUUCCACAGUACCCAACACAACAGAUAUUCCCACAGCUCCCAGCACAGCAGCCACAUCUGUGAUACCAACCGCACCAGACAUUUCUGCUCAUUCUAGAAGUUUAUCUCAGAUUCUGAUGGAACAGUUGCAGAAGGAGAAACAACUGGUGACUGGUAUGGAUGGUGGCCCUGAAGAGUGCAAAAAUAAAGAUGAUCAGGGAUUUGUACCAUGUGAUGAAAAGGCAUCAAAUUCUGACAAGUUUUUGAUGCAGGAUAAUGACUUGAAAACAUCUGAUUCCUUACAGUUAGAAAGUUCUACAGAAAUUGAAACCUCUCAUAAAAAUGAUUUGGCUACUGAUACGGUAUAUGCCCCUGAAAAACUAAAUGUUCUGGAGAACUCAGACAAUUCAAAGGAAAAGACUGUUACCUCAGAAGCAGUAAGAAGUGAAGAUGUAAUUCUUUGCAAUAGUGAUACAGAUGAAGACUGUUUAAUCAUUGAUACAGAGUGUCAAAAUAAUAGUAAUGGAAAGACAACUGAUAUGAAUUCUAAUUUAAGUUCUAAACCAGCUAGCCCCAAUUCUUCUUCAGCACAGGCUUCUGUAGGAAACCAGACUAAUGCUACCUGUAGUCCUGAAGAGUCAUGUGUUUUAAAAAAACCUAUCAAACGAGUAUAUAAAAAAUUUGAUCCAGUUGGAGAAAUUUUAAAAAUGCAGGAUGAACUCCUAAAGCCAAUUUCCAGAAAAAUACCUGAAUUGCCCUUAAUGAAUUUGGAAAAUUCUAAACAACCUCCUGCUUCUGAGCAAUCCUCUGCUCCUUCAGAUGCCUCUGGUUGGCCAAAAUCUGUAUGGCCUUCUGCAUUUCAGAAGCCAAAAGGACGAUUGCCGUAUGAACUACAGGACUAUGUUGAAGAUACAUCAGAAUAUGUAGCUCCUCAGGAAGGAAAUUUUGUUUACAAGUUAUUUAGCCUACAAGACCUAUUGUUACUUGUGCGAUGCAGUGUCCAGAGGAUAGAGACCAGACCACGUUCUAAAAAACGGAAGAAAAUCAGAAGACAAUUUCCAGUUUAUGUACUACCAAAAGUGGAAUAUCAAGCUUGUUAUGGAGUUGAAGCUCUGACUGAAAGUGAACUUUGUCGCUUAUGGACUGAAAGUUUAUUGCAUUCCAACUGCUCAUUUUAUGUUGGGCAUAUCGAUGCAUUUACUUCAAAACUUUUUCUGUUAGAAGAAAUUAGCUCAGAAGAAUUAAAAGAAAAACUUUCAGCACUCAAGAUUUCAAGUUUAUUUAACAUUCUCCAACACAUUCUAAAGAAAUUGAGUAGCUUGCAGGAGGGUUCCUACUUGUUGUCUCAUGCAGCAGAAGAUUCUUCACUCCUGAUCUACAAGACCUCUGAUGGAAAAGUUACUAGGACAGCCUACAAUUUGCAUAAAACACAUUGCGGCCUUCCUGGUGUGCCUUCUAGUCUCUCAGUUCCCUGGGUCCCUUUAGAUCCCAGUCUGUUAUUACCAUAUCAUAUCCAUCAUGGAAGAAUACCUUGUACUUUCCCACCUAAAUCACUAGGCCCCACACCACAACAAAAGGUUGGUGGAACAAGAAUGCCUACACGCAGCCGUAGGAAUCCAGUUUCCAUGGAAACGAAAAGUCUGCCUGCUCAGCAAGUUGAAAAUGAAGGAGAAGCUCCAAAUAAAAGAAAAAUAACUUAAGGACUCUACUAUGGAAAAUGAGGAAGAACUAGUUGUAACAACGUUCACUUUAGAAAAGUUUGAGGGGAAAUAUGCCUAGAAGAUCAGUGGACAAGAUGAACAUUUUUCUUGUAGUGUCCUUGAGAGUUCUUAGAGUGCCUUGAAAAAAUAUAUUGGCUAUGUGAAGGAAUGUUUCAGCUAAAAUGGAAUGUUAUACUCUUAACAUGAUGUUUGAGGAGAAUCCAGAUAUGUUUUAACAGUAUCAUGGCAGGGAAACAUAGAGAAGAGAAAUAUUUUUAUAGUAGACCUUUUCCAAAAACUGUUAAAUAGGAAAAUAAUUUGCUUUUUUCAAGAGCAAUAUUUAUCAUUGUAUGUAAUGUUAGUAAUUUGAAUUAUAUCACCAGUCUGUUGAGAUUGGCUCAAAAAGUUGAAUCUUGCCACUAUCAGAGAUAAUUUUGAGCCAAUGUAAACCUUGCUUCUGACCCAUUGUGACAGUUUUUAUAUACUAUUUUAAAACGAUGAUUGUUGCAAGUUAAUAAAGUUAACAUCUUUAAAAACUUGAUGAAAUUCCAUUGCACAAGCCAAAACUUAAAAUUAAAAAUAAAAAAGUUCAUUCUCCUGAAAAAGUCACAAGUUAACAAUUUCUUGUUGGUCAACCAUCAGUUUGUUUUUAAAAAAACAAACCUUCUGUGGUGUUAAAGGUUUGGUGAUAGAUCCCUCUAUCUCUUGGCACAAAUUUCAGCUGAGUGUUCAAAUAAUGCUACUGAAAGCAGAGAUGAGUGUGUUUUCCAGAAAAAGCUCAUCAUUUCAACUGACAAGGUUAACGUGGUAAAAAAUAAAAUAUCUUUUCUCAUCUAUACUGAUUAAAUUUCCUAGGACCACAUAGCUGAAUUUGGAAAGCUUAUCAUCACCUGAUGUUACUGUAGCCAAUUUGGACUUAAGAAGGAAUGGACUUAUUUAAUUUUUGUGUCUUUGUCCUUUAAUGUGCAUUAAAAGUUUCAGAAAUAUGUGCAUCAUUUGUAAAAUACAAGUUUUGUAAUCUGCUUUGUUUUUGGAACUUUUUAAUGUGUUUUAUAUUAAUAUAAGAAACUAGUCCAAGAAAUCUUCUCAACUAUUAUCAGUAACAGUUGAGUAUUUUUAUCUUCAACUACCAAGUUUUGUUUUCAAUUAUUUAUUCCAUUAUAUUUUUAAAUUAAUAAAUAAUUAUUAAAACUAUUUUAUAUAUUUUAAUAUAUAAUUUCCUCCGCCUUCCGUUCCCUUUUUAAAACAAUGCUUUUUUUUUUUUAAUGGACAUGAUCUUUUUUUUUAACUUUGUCCCAUAUUCCCAUAUCCCAGAAAUAUUUUAGUUGUGAAUCAUUUGGCAGUGAACCAAGGGAGAGGCAGGGAUUCCCUUGGAAUUUGCUCUUUUUAAAAAGCUAGACAAUGAUUUCUUCAGACUUCUGAAUACCAGAAAGACUUGGCUUUUGAUUUUUAAUAUUACUUUUUACCUAGUAAAAUGUGUGGUCUUGCAAGUAAUUAUUUUGAAAUUAUCUUAGCCAUAUAUUUCAAUGUUCCUGAUAAUAUAUAUAAAUCUAGUCUUGGUUUUUCACUUGUGCUUAAUCAAGCCUCUUUUAUAACAUGUAUUUGAUCAUGUUUGUGUUUUUUCCCUUGAUUUUUAGUACAGGCAUACCUCAUUUUAUUGCACUUUGCUUUGUUGCACUUUGCAGAUACCACAUUUUUUACAAAUUGAAGGUUUGUGGCAACCGUGUGUUAAGCAGAGUCAGUGUUGGCAAGGAUGUGAUGAACCUGGUCCACUUACACCUAUGGUGAAGGAGCUCACAUUCUAGUGGAGGACACAAUACUGAUCUAUGGGUAAGUGCUCUGAUAAAGUAAUAAAAGAAAGCCAUAUAACCUGAACCUGAUAGUUAAGGAAAGUGAGUUGAAGGUUGAGGUGAGUCUUUUCAAAGUGUGUAAGAGGGGUGCCUGGGCGGCUCAGUCGGUUAAGCGUUUGCCUUUGGCUCAGGUCAUGAUCCCAGGUUCUGGGAUCGAGCCCUGCAUCGGGCUCCCUGCUCAGAUAGGGAGCCUGCUUCUCCCUCUCCCUCUGUUGCUCCUCCUGCUUGUUCUCUCUCUCUCUCUCUCUGUCAAAUAAAUAAAUAAAAUCUUAAAAAAAAAAGUGUGUAAGAAUUAUAAGGAAAGAAUGAAAGGUCUUAACAUAGAAAGAAAGAAGCAGGGCGCCUGGGUGGCUCAGAUGGUUGAGCUUCUGCCUUCGGCUCAGGUCAUGAUCCUGGAGUCCCGGGAUCGAGUCCCGCAUCAGGCUCCCUGCUCGCCGGGGAGUCUGCUUCUCCUCCCUCUGACCCUCCUCCCUCUCCUGCUCUCUGUCUCUCAUAUAAAUAAAUAAAAUCUUUAAAAAAAAAAAAAGAAAGAAAGAA